GUAUGGCGCCACAGUGAGAACAUUGCCUUCGUAAUUUCAAUUUCGUAUGUAUGUACUACAGUCGACUACAGUACAUACCUUCGUCUGCCUUCGUCCAACGGCUUCCGGGGAGGCAAUGGUUUUGCAAAAACCGUGAUUCUGAUUUAUAUUUUAUACUAUCGUUUGGUCUCCGGAAUUAUUUUGUCGCGCUGCAGUGAGCUAAUUGUCUUUUCGAAUGGGAGUCUAUGGUGCUUUCUUUAUCGGAGGUGUCGAGUCACAGAAGUGUACACGCCAGUGAAAAAUAUGUUUAGAACGAGUGACGUGUUUCCAUCUUGACGCAUCGAGAAACGUAAAUAAAUUCUUUGAUGUGGGGUGCAUCGAUGGAACCUCCAGCGGCAAUGGAGGACGAUUCCUCCGAAACAAUCGAUAGUGCAAAAGAUACAUGUGAACAAAAUAAGAGUCAACUGGAGUCCCUUAAAGAGAUCAUGCUCAGAAACAAGCAGACCCUAAAGAAAAAAGAGGAAGAGGUUCAGGAAUAUGCCAGAAAACUUUCCAAAAUUAAAUCUCGAGCCAAAUUGUCCCAUCGUAGUAAGGAUGGUGCUACGUCGUCUAGUGAUACAGCUCUGCAAACUAUGCCUGAAUUAGCUUUGCCAGAGAUUGGAGGAUCGAUGGAUGAUAUUAGUUUGGCCAAAACGCCACAGGCCAAGUCGUCUCUGUUACAAAGGAAACUUGCGGAAAAUCGAAAGAUCUUUGAACAGAGAAGCAAAGAGAUGACCGAAAGUAAACGGGCCGUGGAGGAGAAAGUUGAGGCCAUCAGACAGCAGUUGGACGAGCGGGACUUAUCCAUAGUAGAAACGCAAAGGGAACGAAUGGUUACGCCUGUUAGACCAAUAGUACUUGCAUCUCAGGUUACCACGCCGACAUUACAAUUAGGACAUCUCCAAGACAAGGACAAUAAAAUCGCGGAGUUGAGUAACAGGGUGGUGGAACUGGAGGCCACCGUUUUGGAUCUACAGGAAAACUUGAAGGAAAAGGAUUCCGUAAUCGACGCUAGGACAAAGGCCAUCACGCUUUUGUCCGCGGAUUUAUCAAAAAAAGGAAAAACGACGUUGGACACACUCGAAGAGACCAAAGACGAGAUGCGAACGAUGCAGGAGAACUUUGUGCUACUGGAGAGUUCCCUAAAGAAUAAAAACGACAAUUUGCUUGACCAGCUUAGCGAGAGAAACGACAGAAUAGAGGAAUUGGAGAACGUCGUGAAAGGAUUCGAGGAGCGGCUUGAGAAGCAGCAAUUGGCGGAAGCGGCAAGCGCCGACUUCUCACGAUCGGCGAUGGACACUUUGGCCGAUACGAAGGACGCCAUGAAGUCAAUGCAGGAGAAUUUUGUCCUGAUAGAAAGUACGCUCAAGUCAAAGAACGACCACCUCAUCGAACAGUUGGAGGAGCGCGAGGCGAAGCUGACCGCAGCCGAGGCGAGGAUAUUUCAGUUAGAGUCUGGUGCCGGCCUAGUGAAGGAACCCGCGGUUGCCGAUCUGGAGUACAAGCUGGAGAAGCUGGAGCAGAGUUAUCGCCAGUUGCAGGACCAGAAGUACGAAUUGCAGAAAAGCAUUGUUGAGUUGCAGGAGAAGAUAAUCGCGAACGAAUCGUCGUCUGGCAACGGUCUCAUUAUCGAGAAGGACAAUAGGAUAGCCGAACUGGAGAAUCUGAUAGAAGAGUUGAGAAGAUCGAACGAGUUACUCGAGGAGGAAUCAAAAUCUGAACUCCAGAAGCAGAUAGUCGAGUUGACGUCGAAAAACGAGGAUUAUUCCAAUAAGAUAAACAAUCUCGAGAGAUUGGUUCACGAUCUUGAGAGUGAGAAGAACGACCUGGCGAAGCGAGUACCCGACGAUGGAUGUGAGACCACGGAAGACGCCAGAGUGCAAAGGCUCACCCGAGAACUGGAGGAUUUAAAUAAGAGCAUGAUAAAAUUGAAGGCGCAGCACAAAAGCAAGGUGAAGAGUUUCCAGAAACAGCUGGAGAACUUUAAGAUGGUUUCGGACGCGAACGCGGAGCUGGUCAAACUCGGGAACCAGGUGACACUGCUGGAGGAGGAGAAAGGUAACCUUCAGCUGAGUCUGGUAGACUUUGACGAGCUUAAAGCCUCGGCAGGAGAUUGGCAAAGCCGCGUUGCCGACCUCGAUAGUAAGGUCUCCGCACAGGCCAUUGAAAUCGAAUCGCACAUUCAAGCCAUCGCCACAUUGGAAAACCAAAAAUUGGAUCUCAUGCAAGAGCUCCACGCUGCCAAGCAGGAAAUAUCCACAUUGGAGGCGGAGAACGCAGAAUCUGAGAACUUACGUGUCACCGCGGAAAUGAAGAUCGUCGAGCUAGAAGAGCAGUUGGAGUGGCUGCACAAAUCUCAGAAUGAAACCGAAGAGUCCGAAGUUGCGAUUGAGCAGGAACAGACGGAUCUGUUGAAGAAAUUCGAUGUUCUCAAGGUAACGAAUCAGGAGCUCUAUGAGAAUUUUGUGAAGCUAGAGGAGAAAAAUGGCUCGAAUGCCAGCUCGAGCGAGUCCUUCGAGACUAUCAAUGAGUCCGAGAAAAUCGAAUUACAAAAGAAGAUCGAUUUGCUCACGCGGGAGAAGAGUGAUCUACUGAUGAAACUGGAAAAACUCGAGGAGAAGGGAGGAUCCUCUAAUUCAGGCUCGACAGAAUCAUUCGAGCGUGUUCCUGCGCAGGGCGACACUUUGUCCAAAAUCGAGCUCCUAACGCGAGACAACAACGAACUCAUAACGAAGGUGGCGAAGCUGGAGGAGCGAUUGGCCCAAUUCGAGGAGAAUCAGGCCGACGCGGAGAGGGAGAGUUGGUCGUCCAAUGAUCGAGCGACGAUGCAACUGCAGGAGAGACUAAAACACCUCACGAACGAGAACAGCGAUCUCGUUAUUCAGCUGACGAAGCUACAGGAAAGACUGGCCGACGUGUCCUACGAAGAUCCGGAGGAGCGCCGUUUGCGCGAAAGACUCGGCACCUUGACGGAGGAGAAUAAUCAGCUGGUGAUCAAGGUUGUCAAACUAGAAGAGAUCAAUGCGCAUCUAAGCGAGACUCUUGGCAAAGUUUCCCGAGAGAAGGAUGAACUUUUAUCCAAGAUCGAUCAGAUAACAACAGACAGUUUUGCAAGGGAACGGCUGGAGCUGAUUGAGAAAUUGGAGAAACUGAAUCGCGAGAAGGAGAGUGUCGCGCUGGAGAGACAGGAGCUUCACGAGGAGAUCAGUACGCUGCUACAAAAGUCGACAGAGGAAUCUACCGAGGGUCAAAGCGUCGCUGCCGGCGAGUCGCCGGAAGAAAUCGAAAUCGAAAAGCGAAUCGUAACUGUGGCCUCGCUCGAAGGUGAGAUCGAGGAAUGCAAGAGGCUGAUCGCGGAGCAGAAGGAUCUCAUCGAGGAGAUGAAGCUUAAACUGACCGUGAAGGAGGAGGAGUUGAACAUCAAGGAAAGACUGAUUGCCGAGCAAGAGGCAGCUGGUAAAAGUGUCGAAAACUUGAAACGUGAGUUGGAGGAAAGCCUGACCGUCAUCGAGGAAUGGAAACUUAAAUGUACGGAGAUGCAGUCCAAGAUGGAAGUCCUCGAGGCUGGCAAGUUAUUGAUAGACGAGGGCCUGAGAAGCCUUCAGAACGAAUACAAGCACUUGCUCGAGCAAUCCGAGGGAAAGGACGUCACGAUUCUUGAAUUGAAGGAAGAGCUGGAAGGUACGAUGGCGAGAUUCGAAUCCCGGCUCCAGAUGGAAGUCAGCCGCCAUGUCGCUGCGAAGGAUGCGGAGAUAGAGACUUUAAUGGGAGCGAUCGCCAUUAAGGAUAAGGAGCUAAGCGCCGCUCUGGAGGAUCAGUUGAACGCCUAUAGAACUGAGUCGCAACAGUCUAGUGUAAUGAUUAAAUCUUUGCGAGAGGAAGUCGAUCGCCUAGAGGGAUGCGUGCGGGUGAGGAAGUCGCAGGAAGAGUUUGACCAUUUGGUUGAACGAGUGGACGAGGCCGAAAAGCUUGCCAGCAGUCUGGAGGAUAAAUUGAAGGAGCAGGUUGAGUUGAAUAGUCUGUUGCGCACGGAGAUCGAACAGCAGGUUACACUCUGUAGGGAUCAAGCGAACGCUCGACUGGCCGAAAAGGAUAAGGAAAUCGCAGACCUGCUGGAACAACUCCGGGGCGCGAGCGGAGCCAAUUUGGAAUUGCAGAAGCAGCUGGAGAGCAGCAAUGCCUAUGUCAACGAUAUUCUAAAAGAGCUCAACGGGGUAUAUAAGAAGCUCGAGCAGCUGAAGGUCAAGCACACCGAAGACACUGCGAUGCAGAAUCGAAGGUUGGAGGAUCUUCUCGAGGAAUUGAGCAGCAGGACACAGGAGAACGAGUGCCUCAGAAGCGAAUUGGAAGAGAAGCGAAGAGACUUCGGGGAGGAAGCGAAGGCUGCUCUCGAGAAGGAGUUGCAGGAGUCCGAAACGAGGUCGCAGUCGCUGCGAGAAAAAAUGAAGGUCUACGCGGCGAAUCUUAAGAAAAAGGCAACACAGUGUCAAGAGCUGGAAGCGAGGGUGGCUGAACUUGAGGAGAAAUGGUCGACCGAGAAGGACGAGAAGGAGGCAACCAACCGAAGAAUUCAGGAAUUAGAGAAGAAUCUGAUUGAGAAAGAUAAUCGAAUGGCGGAAGUCGAGGGGAACCUCGCGAGAGCUCAGAGCGAAACGACCGCUGCUUUGGAAAACGUCGACAGACUGACGAAGGAAAUCGGUACCUCCAGGGAGCAGGUGUCCUCGUUGCUGGCCGAGAUCACCGAAAUGUCCCAAGAGAUGGAGAAGCUGCGUCGGGAGGUGGAGCGUCACUCGGCGGAGGCCGAGGAGGCGAGGGCCCAGAGCCGCGCAAUUGCAAGUGAAUACGAGUCCUACAAGGGCAGCGUCGUGUCGGACCGCGAGAGAGAGCUUCUGGCUCUCGAGGAAGCUAAGGAGAACGCGAGGGAACUGAGCGUGCGAAUGCAGGUGAUGGAGGCAGAGUACGUGGACCAGCUCGGUCUUAUACAGAAGUUGAAAACGGAGAACGGUCUUCUCUCCUCGAAGGAAACGGAGAUCAAUGAGAGGCUGGAGAAUGUCGCGAAGGAAUCCGAAGAGAGGCGGGUGCUCUUGGAGCGACUGCGGUCGCGCAAGGACAAUGCUGAGCCCGUGGGCACUUUGGAGGAUGUCGAGGGGUCAGGAAGUCGAGCUGAGGAGCCGAAAAGUUCUGGGGUCGAUCGGUGUGAGCGUUGCGAACAGUGCCAAAUGCUGGUGCAAGCGCUCGAGGCGAAGCUGCAGGAACGCGAGGCGGAAAUUGAAAAUUUGGACAACGAGCUCGCGAAGUCCAUCGGGAACUUUGUGCAAAUGCGAGAAGCGCUGCGCUACAGCGAGAUGAUCAGUCAGUCGGGCAACAGAAACGUCAGCAUCGAGGAAUCGUACAACCAGCUGCUAUUUCAGCACAACGCCCUUGCGAGCAGCAACGAGGAAAUCAAGGAGAAGCUCGACUUGACAAUCAGAGAGAAUCAGGAACUGACCGAGAAGAUCAACGGUCUACAGGCUUUGAAUUCGGCGCUACAGGAGCGAAUCGACGCCGCUGAACGAGAAUUGGUAGAUGGCCGUGAGGUGGUUAUCAAGUUGCAGAAUAUUGACCUUCUGUAUUCGGAAUUGUCCGAAAAGUGCAAGAGGCUGGAGGAAGAGCUCGAGAGAGCGCAUCGGGAGUUUUCUGUGAAGGAAGAUCAAUUCCUCGAAUCGAGUGCUAAUCUCAAGGGUGAGAUUCAGAGUUUGAGGAAGGAUUUGAGCGAGGCAGAGAGAAAGGCUUCGGAUUUCGAAUCCAAAUUCGAAGGUCAGAAAGAGGAGAUCGCACUGCUUAAGGAAGAGACGAAGAGCAGCAGGGACAACUCAGCGGAGACUCCGGUGACGAUCCCUCUUCUGGAAAGUGAUGCGCCAGAAAAGAGUGCAACACCACCGGCGUUAUUUGACGCUUCGAAAAUCUUUGGCACAGGACUGACCUCGAAUGCUGAGCAUCUAGUUGAGAUCUCCAGGUUACGGAAUAUCCUUUCCGAAAGGGAUGAAAAGGACGCGCUUGUGGUCGACGAAAGGGACAGGCUGAGUCGGCAACUGGCCGAAGAGCGUCUUCAGGUUGAAGAGAAUAACGCCGAGUAUGGGCGUCAGCUGCGGAACCUGCAGCAGGACUACGAGAGACUGCAGCAGGAGCUAAGCAGCGCGCAGGAAGUUCUCCUUGUCAGGAACAGACAAAUCGAGACAUUGAACGUCGAGCUGAAUAAUGUCGGUGCGCAACUGCAACUGCAAUUCGAGCGCCAGGGAGCUAUCCAGGAUAGCACGGCAAAACUGCAAUCGGUGAUAAAUCAUAAGGACGAUGAGAUUCUGAAGAUCAGAAUGGAGUUGAAUGCCGCGGUGGAAGUAUCGGAGAGUCUGACUGCUUCACGGGACGAAAUGGAAAAACUCCUGGAGGAGAAAGUCGCUCUCAUCGAGACGCUACAAAGGGAGAGAACUGCUUUUAUCGGUGAGUUGGACGAGCUGAAAUAUGAAAAACAAGAAGCGGAGAAGAUCGUCGAUCACAUAAUUGCCGUUGCUGAGGACCGCGUGAAUGCGAUGAACGAAACGAACCUUAGUACAAAGUCCGACACCGGUGAGGCUACUGGACUCCUCAAGGUGGAGAACAGGCUCACCGAGAUUCUCGGCGAGUUGGAGAACGUCAAACGAGAGCGUGACGCCCUCGUCGCUUCGCAGGAAGCCUGCAGAGAUAGAAUAUUAGAAUUGGAAGGAGGUGCAGCGACGAAUCAGCGCUGCUUACAGGACGCGCCGGACAUGGUCGUCGAUGCCGCUCGCGUCCAGGAACUGGAAGAACGCAUUGGGACGAUUCUUCAGGAAAGAGACCUCCUGCAGCUCCAAGUGAACGAUCUGACGCGAUCUUUGAACGCGUCAAUGGGAUCAAUGCAAGAGGAACCGGCUGGAGGCAAGGUUUCUGUAGUGCCGCUGGAGAAGAAGGAGCGGAAUGUAGAUCAGUCGGAGGUAGGAUCCGGUUGGGACGUCGAGUCGACUGGAAGACUCGAGGUUGACGAGGAUGGGUGGGGCUGGAACAGCGAGGUGGCCAGACUGUCCGAGGAACAUCAUGCGGCAGUCACACCGUUAAUUCCCAGUCUCGAAGUGCAGUUGGAAACGAGAAUAGCCGAACUGGAGGAUCGUAUAAGGGACUUGGAGACGGAGAAGCAAAACCUCGAGGAGGAGAAGACGCUGGUGCAGACGAGGAAUGGGAAGCUGGUGAGGAAGCUCAAGGAAUAUAAAGUUCAAAAUGGCAACUUGCAUCAGCAGCUGAAGAGCCAGAGGAGCGUCGUCGGGUUCUGCGACCUGGACUCCGCGAUUGAGGAGGAGCUCAAAUUACAGAUCGCCAAUUUGGAGAAGACUCUGGCCGAAGUUAAGAACGAGUUGAAGAAGAUGAUCGCCGAGAAGGCGGCUCUCGAGAAACGCUUGGACGUCCUCACGGCCGCCAACGAGAGGCUCGUAGAGAUGAAAGAAAGGCAGGAUUUAGAUGUGGAGGUUUGCCAGAUUCGCAACAAGGAGUUGGCGAAUAAGGUGCAGUCCCUCGAAUGGCAGCUGCAGGCUGCUGCUCAAGGCAGCAGUCCGGCGGGCGCGCCGACGUCGCGGACGUCGGAACAACUGCGCGAGGAAAGGGGAGACGAGAGUGAGGCAGUUGGAUCGGAAACUGUACAAAAGUACAAAGAGGAGUUGGAUGACCUCAGGAGUGAAAUGGAGGCAUUGGCCACUGAGAACGAACAGCUUCAGAAGGUGCUGGAAGAGCACAGACAACAAAGACUGACUUUCGAAUCGAACGUAUCCGCCGGUGGUGUCGAGGAUAUGGCAGAGCGAAAUAACGAGCUUCAGAGCAAGCUGGACAAGCUGAAGGAGGAAUAUGACCUUUUGAGAAAGCAGUACGAGCAGAGCCUUAUGGACGCCAAUGAUCAAAUUACAGCGAUGCGAGAGAAUUGUGAGAUUCUGAAGUCGGAGCUGAACGCGAAGACCGAAGAAUUCGAGGCGGUUCUGCAGGACAGAACGCGAAUCUCCGGAACCGAAGUAGCCGACCUGAGGAUGCAAUUGCGCACGGCCCUAGAGGAGAAAGCCGCAUUGACGAACAAAGUCGAGAGCUUGAAGUCUGUAGAGGAGAAAUUUGCCUCCGCGACGUCGUCAACGGCCGAAAUGAGCGAACUUUUGAACGCGAGGGUCCAGGAGGUCGCGGAUCUUAAGCAGGAGCUGCAGCAGUUGUACGUCGAGAGAACGCAAGCCGAGGAGAAACUGGAGGAAAGAGAGAGAAAGUUGUCAAAAGAUUUGAAGGACAAGCAGGAAGAGAUCGAGACUCUGAAGCGAGCGUUCGCCGAACAGGAGGGCGUGGAGAGGGUCAGCGCGAUUGUCGGUGAGGCUACUCAGGGACUACUUCAGCACCAUGCGCUCGAGCUCGAGAGUAAAGACGACAUGAUGCGAAGACUUCGGGACCAGUUGAAUGAAAUGGAAUCCUCUCUGGAAUGUGCAACGGCCGAAUUGGAGGGACACAGGAGGAGUGUGAACGAGCAGCACAGUGAAAUUCAGAGGCUCGAGGCUCUUCUGAUUGAGAAAGAUGAGGCAAUUGCCAAUAAAGAGGUGAAGCUGCAAAGUUCCAUAGCGGAGACGCAUCGAUUGCGAAGUUGUGUCACUCAGGCCGAAGCAUCCAUUGCGGAGCCUGAGUGUACCGCAGAGUGCUUGGCAAAUCGCGAAGUGCUAGUCAACCUCAGAGAUUCCCUCGGAGAGAACGAACGGGUGGUCCAGAGUUUGCAAACUGAUCUGGAAAACGAGAGAAUGAGAAUUUCGGUGUUGAAUCAGAGCUUACGAGAGAAGGAAGCUGAAAUCGAGGUCGGGAGAGAGUCUCUCGUGGAAAAGGAAGCCCUUCUGCGAAAUGCUAAUCAGAGGCUGGAGGAACUGCAGGAGGAACGUGAAAGGUUGGAGAAAGCUGCGGUUUCCGCCACAGCGCAAACUGUCGAUGGGUUGCCAGUGUUCAGAAUGCCCGGAAGCGAGAAGGAGGAGCUUCGCAGCAACGUCGAUCGGCUAAAGUCUCAAUUGGAAACAAAACAGGCGGAAAUCGAAAACCUGCAAUAUAUCCUCAGCGAGAACGCUUAUCCGAAGAUCAUUCAGGAACUGCAGGACAAUGUCAAUGAGCUGCACAAUCAGAAGGAAGAGCUCGAGGCGUCCCUGGAGGCAGCCACACGGAAGUUCCAUCAGGAAGUGGGAGUGCGGGAAAGAGAACUCGCGGAUCUGAGGCGGCAGGAAGAGGCUGCGGCAAUCUCAGGAGAAGGAAGACAUCCUCACGAACAGGAAGAGAUUCUCAGGUUGCAGAACGAGUUGCACCAGAGGGAGCAGGAAAUCAACGAGUUGAAGUAUAUCUUGGCGGAAAAGAGCGCUCAACUUUCGCUUCAGGCUAGUCUGGAGCCUCAAUCCGAUGAGUUUGAACUACGGGAGACUGCCCAGAGGCUGAACGCCGAGUUGUACAGCAAGGAUCAGCAAUUGGAGAAGUUGAAGAAGAGUCUGGCGGAGAAGGAGAGUGAAGUGGCGAAGCUGUCGACCUUGGAGAGACUUUUGAGUGAGUACGAGUCGACGAUCGCGAGACUAAAUUCAGAAAAGGAGGAGAUUCGGUUGGAGGCCGAAGAAAGUUUGCGGCGUAGAUCGAACGAGGUGGAGAGGGAGAUCGAUGCCAUGAAGGAACGUCUGGCGAAGGAGAAACAGGAGUUUCUUGGUAUACUGCUGACGAAGGACGAGGAUUUACGUAACAUUCGCGUGCAACUGGAGGAAGGGACUGCCGAGUUCAAUAGGGAGUUGCAUCGCAAGGAGGAGGAGCUUUCGCAAGUCAGGUCGGAAUUGGCCGAGAAAGAGAGGAGACUCGCAGAAUUGAGUGUCACGAAGGACACGGAAAUCCAUAAUUUACGAGUUCAGAUUCAAGAGAAAGAGGCGCGCAUCGAGGAACUCCAUGCGCUUACCAAUGAAGAGGAGAGACAGCUCGUCGAAUUGAGGAAACUUUUGACUGCGAAGGAUGAGGAGAUAAAUCUGCUGAAGCAGCAAUUGACCGAUAAGGUUCAGGAGUACGAGCUCCUUCAGCGUGCCCUUAAGAGAGAGAUCCGCAGUGUGGAGGCCGAAAUUGCCGCGGGCACCUCUGCGACAGCGAGGCCACCUGCCGGAGACACGGAGAAGGGAUCCGCGUCGGCCGAAUUGGACCUGGCGCUUUACAUGCUUCACCAGAGAGACGUGAGGUGCGAGGAAUUGACGGUUGAGCUGAUGCACCUGCUGGAGGAACGCGACACUCUGCAGCUGCGCCUGUCCAAUGCGAUUCGCAUAAAUGAGGAAUUGCGGAAAGCAGCAUCCAUCGGAAUCGGUCUUCGGGACGAUCAGUCACCGGGUUCUGAGAACGAACCGCUCGUGGAGCAGCCCUCGCCGUCCAAGUCCGAGGGUCCUGUGGAGAUAGCCAAGGAAGCGAUCGACGCGCCAAUCGGAGAAGACAAGGAAGCUCUUGCUCAGAAGCUCUCCCAGCUGCAUAACGUCGGACUGACAAGAGACGUAAGAUUGCGAGAUGAACGAGAAUUGAGACACACGCAGCAAAUGUCCCUGCUCGCGCACAAAGACGUCCUAAGCACACUGCCUCCCGAAGCUGCCGCCAGACUGGUCAAUGCCAAUUACACGCUCUCGCGAGACGUUCAGAGUCAGUCGAGCGUCCUUCUGAAUUGGCUUUGGGGAAAGAGUACGCCAAAGGUAGUGCACAUGUAACGCAGUGACGAGUAUCGAUCGAUCGUCUCCUCUGCCACGGGUACAUUCCUAAUGCGGUACGCAGCAGACUGCCUCGAGCCUUCCUCUGUGCGGCAGAGCUUGAGAAGAUGCCUGGAGAAUAGCGGUUGGCCUGCCAAUAGAUGCCGAAAACCACGAUUUUAUCGAUUUUGUAGAUGGGCCAUCAAGGCUCCGGAGAUUCAGGAUAUUUUUGUCACGGAUCCUCGUCGAUCCUAGUUUAUAAUAUGUAUAUUAUAAUGAGUAAGAGAAUCGAGGAAGAGCUACAAAGAGAGGCGCGAUUAAUCUUGGGUAUGUAUGAUAGCAGACAAAAUUAUUCUACAAGAACGCCUUGAGAAAUUCGAUGCUCUGCCGAGUUUUCGAUGUUUUAUAGCAAUCGUUGAUGGGAUAAUAUAAUAAUUAAUAUAUGAGUAGAUAAGAGAGAGAGAGAGAGAGAGAGAGAGAGAGAGAGAGAGAGAGAGAGAAGUAUAUAAAUAAAUGCUACGAGACGUUGCACAAACUGAUAGUUUGGGAGUGUCUCAGCAGCGUUAUGUUA